AUGAAUUCACCAUCUCCUCUGACGAGCAGCACUUUGCAUCAGCAGUUCGAUACGCCAACCAACGCUCAGGGAAUGCUGCGGGGGAUGAGGAGCAGGUCGGCAGAUCAGGUUGUGUCGCUGAAAGCACAGUUCAAGAUUAUCGGAGCAGAGGAGUGCCCCCUCUCAGGACCUCUCUGCCUCGAGGAAGGAAGUAGAGGAUCCUGUUUGAUCGGGGGCUUUGGAAAGCAGUGCGAUGAUUCCAACUUGAGAAUAGACAUGGCAACGGAUGGAGUCGUUGCCAUGGGCUCCUCCGACGUUACCUUGAAAGACUGCACCAUCCAAGACUGCGGGCUGUUCUCUUCGGCAGGGCUGAGGAUCGGUGGACGGGCUAAGGCAUACGUGAGCAACUGCUUCCUCUUCGAGCGCUCUGCUAAGAAACCCAGCAGUGUUUGCGUCUGUGGUUGGACAAGAGCAGACCUGGCAGAGUAUCUUGACCUCAAAAAUUUCCUCGACGAGAUCAAGGACUUUCCCCACCUGGAGGACGCCUGGUCUGAGAUCGACAAGAUGGAGAGUGAGAUUUACCGCACCUGGAUGACGCUUGCAGACUCUUGCGCGGGCAACGGAACUACGACCAUCGAAGCGAUGAAGAUGUUUCUCGACAAGGUUGGAGCGACAGUUCACUCAGCUCCGACAGGGAGACAACGGCUCAAGUUAUCACAGAAAUUCCACGACAUGCACAUCCCCGAUGACUUCAACAGCCUGCCGGCUGUUGACAAGGCUGCUCUCUUAUACCCCAACUCCUCCGAGAUGUUCUAUGAGAACCUGCCCGAGGUCCUUGUUGCCAGCUUCGAGCAGGAUGAGGCGUCUUCCAAGAGCUCGCUCGUCGUGUACGCUCAUAUCCAGCCUCUCUUUCUCUCGGGGAUGGCAGACACUGAGAUCAUCGCUGACGGCGACGCUUCCCUGAUAGAGAACUCGGACGUGAACUUGUCGAAGCUCAGGUAUGGCGGAGAUGUCGCCAAGAUGCUGGUGUGGAUUGUCGCGAUUGCAGCGAUAAGAAAACUCCAGCUGCCGCUCCCCUUCAAAGUUGAGAUCAUCAUCGACUGUCUGGAGGAGGCGCAUACGACGUUACUAGAGAAAGGUACGUCAGCUAGUGAGGUCCAUCGCCUCGUCAAGUCGCGCCAUCUAUCCUCGAAGAACGCUGGUGUCGUGAUCAUGGAUGGACCUGCCAUCAUCCAUGGCUAUCGCGGACUUUCCACAUUCUUUGCAAAAGCGCAGGCUCAGUUCGCUGACCUCCACUCCGGCUACUUCGGCGGAGUCUUGAUGGAGCCGCUCGCGGCCCUCGUGCACGCGCUCAGCUCACUGGUCCACCCCAAUGGAUCCAUCGCAGUUCCUGAGCUGCAAGACUGGCAAUUGGAUCCGAAGCACCAGAAGAUAAUCCAGGAGCUGGACUUCUUUCAAGAGGAUCAGGAGCUGCCAGAGUCCUGGAGAGAUGUAGAGCCCCAGCUCGACAGCAGCGUCUUCGAGAAGAAGGACAUGCUGGCUCGCGCGUGGUUCCAGCCCUCCCUGUCCUUCCACAGCAUCUCCACCGGCUGCGACAACGAGGCGAUGCGAACUGUGAGGAAGGAGGGGAGUGGGGAGGGCAAAGAGGACAAGGGAUGGGAGGAGGGGGGAGGAGAGGAUAGAGGUGAUUCCCAGCAAGCCCUUGGCGAGGUUGAGCGUCAGGUUAGCAAGGCAGUGACGCAGCAAUUCUUCCGCGGAGCCAACAUCAUGAACACAGCUUGUGAAAUCAAGCUCAAUGCUCAGACCCAUUGGCCUGCCUGGGAAGCUCUCUCCGAUUCCAUGCGGCUAGCCUACCGCAAGGAGCCUCAGGUCAUCUAUGAAGGGUGCUCCAGCGCUCUCCCUUCCAUCCUCACCAAAGUCCUCCCUGCCUCUCAGCUCGUCGUCAUGCCUCUCACCCAUCGGACCCAGGAGGGGCAGGACAUGGACGAGGAAGCACGGCAAACUUUCCGUUACCUCCAGUACGGCACCAAGGCUGCUGUCGCGUUUCUCCUCAACCUGGAGAGGAAGCAGGGAGAGAGAAAGAGGCCCUGA